AUAGUACCUUCGGUAUUUACCUACCUAAGUAGGUACAUUGUAAUGUCAAAAUGGCUUUCCCAGCCCAUGUUUAUUUAGUAAAUUCUAAUGAAAUAAAACCGUUUAAACUGUGUUAGACCAUUGUUAUAGUGCUAAAGUGAUCAUGUUGCAUAAUACCGGUCCUUACGGGCCGAAUGACACGCCAGCAAAUAUGGGAGCACCGCUAAACAUGUCUCAAAUUAGUGCGAUGAAUAUGUCGCAUAACAUAAAUAAUUUGAGUAAAAUGCCACAACAAACGCCUCAGUCGGCUGCAGGAAGUUACAGCAUUCCUAAUUUUUCUCCAUACGCACAUGCUCCAAUGAAUAUGGCUCCACAAAUGAAUCAGUUUCCUAAUUAUCAUUCGCCACCUUUCCAAAAUAGUUAUAUUGCGCCAAACAGCAAUAUCCUUCAUGAAUCUGGUUGGCAAAACGGUAUGUUGCCUAUGAACUUGAAUAUUCAGAAUGAUCAAGCUGAAGCCAUGGGUAGUUACACCAAUUUCGAUAAAAGACCUUCAAUCAAUGAUUACAAAGAUAUGAGCCAAUACCGAAAAGCGCCAAUUAACAUACCUCAAGUUCCAACCAAAGCGUAUCACAAACAUUCUGGCUUCAACAAUGAUUACAAUAGUUUUAUGUACAAUGACAACAGCAGGCAACAUGUUGAUUACAAUAUAGAUUUAAGUGUCAAAACACAGGAACGUCUCGAAAUGGACAACACAAGGCGUAAAAGUCUAGAGAACACGGUUAAAUUGAUUGAAAAUAUAUUAAUAAAUACAACCAAAAAUAGAGAAAUGAAAUUGAAUCAGAAAAGUAAUGAUAACAUGGAGAAACAGGAUGAAUCAACAGUAAAUGUGAAUAUAACAAAAACUAACAUCAGUGAAAAUGAUACACAAGGUUCAGAAGAGCAGGAGGAUGUUGAUGACGAGGGUAAUAUGUCUGCCACAGAAAUGGAACAAGAGGAGUCAUCAGAAUCAGAGGAUGAUGUGAAACCAUCAAUAAAUGUAGGCGAAACAGUAAAUAUAACACGGAUUGAAAUCGAACCUGAUGUGACUGUGAAAGUUGAGCAGUUAUCGAGUUGGGUGGAUUUGGACAACAUACAGCCGUAUCAUCGGGAUGUAAAUGGGGUCUCAAAAGAGGACGUAACAGGCAACAGUAUUAUUGAAAGUGAAAUAAGUGUUGCUGAAGCAACAGAAAUGAUAAAAAAUGGUUCAAAUACUGAGGCAUACUUGGAAUGUCCUCACUGUGAACUUGUAUUUAAACAUUGUAAAAGAUUCUUGAUCCAUGUGAAAUGGCAUUCAUUCGGUUUAACCAAUGAGAAACGGAUGGAAAUGGCACGAGAGAAGGAGGAGCGUAAGCACAUGAGGAAAGAGGCUCGUGUUAUUGAGAGAAUGAAUGCUAAGGAAGUAACGGAUCCGAGUAGUGUUGGGAAAGUGUUUCCGUGUAAAGACUGUGAUAAGAUAUUCAGUGUUAAAAGUAGCUUGAAGAACCAUAGACAAAGGUACCACGCGACUCGAGCCCGGGAGUGUAAGAUAUGCCGUAAGACGGUACUGGGCUGGAUGGCGCACCGCGCCCACCUCGCCACGCACACGGGCGUGUCCGGGUAUCAGUGCAGCGAGUGCCCAAAGAAGUUCAAGUAUCCACACUCGCUGGCCAAGCACAGGGACACGCAUUUGGAAAAAACUCACGCCUGUCAAGAAUGUCCAAAGAAGUUCGGUUCACAAGCACUGCUUAAAAUGCACAUGAAGUGCCACGAGAGGGUGCUGCGAGGAGCCACCUUCCGGUGUACUUAUUGCGGGAAGGGUUUCUUCGAAUCAUACAAUUUGCAGGUGCACGAGCGCACACACAGAAACGAGCGGCCAUUCCACUGUGAUAUAUGUAACACCAGUUUCGGCACAAACUCCAGUCUCAAACGGCAUAUUAAAGUGUCGCAUAGCACGUCGAAACCGCACGCGUGCCCGACGUGCCACCGCUCGUUCGUGUCGGCGCUGAUCCUCGAGCGGCACGAGCGCCGCGCCCACGGGGACCCCGAGGACUUCAAGUUCGUCUGCAGCCAGUGCCCUUGCAGAUAUUUAAAACUCAAAGAUCUUCAGAAACACGUUUACAAAGUUCACCCAAAGGGUAAGAGAAAGAAGAAGGACAAAAGCGACACGGAGUAAAGUCUUAACACAACGGGAUAAAGCGCAAUUUACGAUAACACAGAACCAAAAACCUAGAAGGAGUUGUAUCAAGUAAUGUCCGUAGAUAGUUAUAUCUGAAAUGUAGUUGAAGGUCGGAAUAAAUAAGUGUGAUUCAGAAAAUAAUUAUAUUAAACUAUAAAAAAAAAGCACUUAGUGCUCUAUACAGUAAGUUUCAAUUUUAAAUGUCAAAAUUUUGUAGUGUACCAUAACGUAGACGUUAAGAGCGGGGUCAUGAAUCACGGUUAUUGUGUUAUUCUUGACAAGGGAGAGGCCACUUAAGAGUAUAAUAAAAGUCUUAAUACAAACAACCAAACGUUUGUUCAACAAACUGUAAAACUAAAUUAUUUUAGUUUAUCUCACAAAAUAAUUUAGUUUUAGUUUAUUGAUUGUAUAAAAACGCUUGUAAAUGGAUGCUGUGUUGUGAAAUUUAUAAUGUAAGAUAUAAUUUACAGAGUAUAUCUACAUAUCUGUAGGAAUUUAGAUGUUUUAUGUGGGAAAAAGUAAAGGAAUAAUUGUAAAUUAUUGUAAUAUGUAAAAGACAGUCAUUCACAUAUAUGAUGAUGAAUUUUGCCAUUGGAAUUAAUUAGAAAAAAUAUUUUUUCAUUAUAUAUCUUUACAAUAUUUGCUUUAAAUCUAUUUCGACAUGUAAAUUUUGUAAAUCCCUAUUUUGUUUUUGUUUUAAUACAUAUUCAGAAUACAUAAUUAAUGAAAUUAGUUAAUUAAUAAUACAUAUUCAACUCAAACUACCAUAUUUAUCAUGUCAAACAUGUCGAAGCAAUCAUGACAAAAUUAUGUGAUUUUCCAUGAGGUGGACACCUAGCUUAUUUGCCAAUAUAAAUUGUAUAAGAAACAUUCAUAAGAUCAAUGCAAAAGUAAAAAGGAAUAACCAAAUGCUGUCACUUAUGAGCGAGAGUACCUAGAUUAAACCCUUCGACUCAGUGCAUCGACGAGCUAUGAGAAUUGUCGAUGAUCCCAGGCUUGCAAGCGGUAUCGUACCCUUAAGUUUUAUGUGAGAUUUUGCCUUACUCUGCGUGUUCUACCGCUUGUACAACGGAUUGCGCUUAGAGGAAUUGUUCAAUAUGAUACCCACGGCCAAUUUCUACCAUCGUACGGUUCACCAUCGGCAGGGAGUUCACCCUCAUGCCCUACAGCCUAGACGGUCGCGUACAACGCAGUUUCAGAAAUGUUUUCUCCCACGAACACUCAGAUUAUGGAAUGAGUUCACUGCCGAGGUUUUCCCAAGAGACUACAGCAUGGAGUUCUUCAAAAGGGGGUAAAGAGGUUUCUUCAGAGUCGGCAACGCGCGCGUAAUACCUCUGGUAUUAUAAUAAUAAUAAUAAUAA